CUACGAAUAGGACUCUGGUACUUAGCAUUAUCAAAUUGUAUGUACUAUGUAUGUAAAAAUUAAAUUGUAUAAGUUACGAGAAUCGGUGAGGAGGGCAAACUUCUAAAUAAUUACCAAAAAUACGGCCCAUAGAGGGUUAAAAUCAAAGUCGGACUGUCGGUGUCCUUGCGUCGUCGGUGCAAUAAGAUACUCCAAGGAUGAUACCAAUGUCAGCCGAUUUCUAUCGCUUUUAGUAUUUCGCGAGCGACGGAAACUAGUUCCCCAGGUUGGCGACUGAUUGUUCCGGUGCGUUGGUCUGAAAAUUGAACGAGUGGAUGUUUAGUCCACUCCUACCUGCGCCGGUGGUCCAGGAACACGUGGUGCGACCGCGGUAAUCCAUCGGUGUUCUUCCACUUCCACCUCCGGUUGAUCCACCACCACCACCACCCGCGCUCAGUGUUCGUUGGCCGCUCGGACGAAGAGUGCGCGUGAGUUGGCAAAAUGGCUCGUUACCACCACUGCGACCACCACCACCACCACCACGACACUGUUACGAACAGUAGCGGCGCGGUAAACGAUCACGAAGGUUGCCGACACGCUCGUGGUCCUCCUCGUGCAUCGUUCGCAUCGUUCGCUCCUCGAAGUGGCCGUCUUUUCUUUCGGUAGCACGUGGUCGCGUCGACGAACUCGCGACACUCGGCACGGUCAUCCGCCAGCGGCACGACCUCGUCGUCGUCGAAGAGGCACCCUCGAAGCACGAGGGCAUCGGUCGAGAGGAGGGAAGGCGAGAAGCCUUCUGUGCUCCUCGAGGAUGUCGCCGCUUCCUCGCCGUUGGCGAAGACGUGGAUGUAUGCGCUGCUCGACGAGGGUGGAUUACUGGCAGAUAGCGGUGGUGUGGAGAAUGAUGUUGUGGUCGGGGAUGCCACCUGCGUGAGAAGCACCGAUCUUCAUCAACAUCCCUCCUGUCAUCAUUACCGUCAAGAGCAACAAGCACACCCUCAGCAACAUCAGCAGCAAUAUCAGCACCGCCAGGAGGAGGAGCUCGAAGAUCUGCUGUGCUUUCGUGGACCAUCGGAACAGGAGAUGGUGGCCCAAGAAAUGGCACAGAGUUACACGCAGCUCCUCCAUCCAGAUCAGGAGCCGCAGGAAUUCAUAUCCUUGGAGGAGCUACAACCGCAUUUGCACCAGGAGCAUCACGUUCACAACAACCAUGGCCAAGUGGUGUCAACGAUGCCGUCUACCAACGCUCAACUCUAUCAGCACCAUCAUCAACAGCACCACCAUCGGAGUUACUAUAAUCUAUCGGCUGUCCAAGAAAAUUCUUGUUCCACGGUUUACUUCGGCGACAUAGGUACGGGAUCGGGGGUGGGAGAAGUAACCGCCGUCUCGGCGGGGGGUGGCGAAGGUCUCAGCCUGACUCCAACCCCCGCCAGCAACAACAACACAACCACCGCCGCCCCCAGUACCAGCGGCGCUACCACCAUUACCACCACCACCAACGACACCACCCCGCAGGUCGUAACGGGGGCUGAACCGCCCCAGCAUAUGGAGACACCCCCGACCAUGGUCCCCGACCAGGCACCCGCCUCCGGCCAUCACUACCACCGUCACCAUCAUCAUCGUCAUCAUCACCAGCGCAGCGCAUCCUCCACCCCCAGCCAUGAGCCAACCACUACCGAUACUUCUGACGAAUUCGUCGCGGUUUCUAGGAAGCGGAAGCUCUCGUGCCACGACGGUAGUGAUUUGUUGGACGACGCGGGAGAUGAUGCCAAAUCUGUUCGCACAAACGACGACAGUAAAAAACAGAAUCAUAGCGAGAUCGAGAAGAGAAGGAGGGACAAAAUGAACACCUACAUCACGGAGCUUUCAGCGAUGAUACCAAUGUGCCAUGCGAUGUCACGCAAACUCGACAAGUUGACUGUAUUGAGGAUGGCAGUACAACACUUGAAGACCAUCCUAGGUGCUGUUACCUCAUACACGGAAGGUCACUAUAAGCCAGCAUUUCUCAGUGAUCAGGAGCUCAAGACGCUCAUACUUCAAGCAGCGGAGGGUUUUGUCUUCGUAGUGGGCUGUGAUCGUGGAAGAAUUCUCUACGUGUCCGAGUCAGUUUUACAGACACUCAAUUAUUCUCAGGGCGACCUGUUGGGUCAAAGUUGGUUCGAUAUUCUCCACCCGAAAGAUGUUGCCAAGGUAAAGGAGCAGUUAUCUUCUUCGGAUCUCAGUCCACGUGAACGAUUAAUAGACGCCAAAACAAUGCUACCGGUGAAGACGGACGUGCCACAGGGUGUGUCGAGACUCUGCCCAGGGGUACGGAGGUCUUUUUUUUGUAGAAUGAAACGAAAAGUGGAGAGUGUUCGUUGUAGCAAAUUGCAAGUAAAAGAGGAAGCUGACACGACCAGCGGCUGCCAUCGACGAAAAAAGCAGCAAAACGUCGAUUGGAAGUAUUGUGUAAUCCAGUGCACUGGUUACCUGAAAUCUUGGGCACCAGCGAAAAUCGACCUCGAGGAACAAGAAGGUGAUGGGGAUGGGGAUGCUUGCAAUUUAUCCUGUUUGGUAGCAGUAGGUCGGUUGCAGUCCACGAUACCUACAUCCUUGCCUAAGAAGCCACGAUUGAGGCCUAUAAAAUUUGUUUCGCGACACGCGAUGGAUGGAAAAUUCCUUUUCGUUGACCAAAGGGCUACCUUAGUGUUAGGUUUUCUACCGCAAGAGCUCCUCGGUACGAGCAUGUAUGAGUAUUAUCAUCACGAUGACAUUCCUUAUCUCGCGGAAUCUCACAAAGCUGCUCUUCAAGCCUCCGAAUGCGUCACCACGCAGAUAUACAGGUUUAGAACAAAGGAUGCGAGCUUUGUGAAUCUCCAAUCCGAAUGGAAAUCUUUCAGAAAUCCGUGGACCAAAGAUAUCGAGUACCUAAUAGCUAAGAAUUCUGUUACUUCCUGCGACUUCCGAACGACUACAAGUAGCGGAAAUAGAUCUGAGGAUUCCAGUGUUCAGGGCAACUACGACUAUUUCACGCAAAGUAACGGCGGAUUAGAAAGAUUGAUCUCAAGCCACGUAGAGGUAAGUAAAAUAGGACGACAAAUAGCGGAAGAGGUUCUCGACCUUCAAAGACGCGGCGAGGAUUCUUCUUCCGGUAGCAGUCCCGCGCCAGGCCCGGAACCUGCUGCUUUGUUAAAUACUGAGUCUCAGAUUACCACGACCGCAUCGCCGGAAAGAGUGCAGGACGUGUCGCAACCGACGAGAGGCAGCAGCAACGGUAGCAGUAACCCCACACCAACGUACAACCACAUUGCAAACAACUUGCAGCUGAACAGCAUCGCGAACGACCAAGGAACGUCACCAGACGAAGACAUGAUGGACAUGAUCGGUGGUACGACGAUAAACGAAUCACCAAACCCGGUGCCAUCUGAUGGCAACGACGAAGCAGCAAUGGCCGUGAUAAUGAGCCUCCUAGAGGCCGACGCAGGCCUAGGUGGCCCAGUGGACUUUUCCGGUUUACCAUGGCCACUUCCAUAGUACAUUUUAAUCUCGAUGUGAACAGUGAACUUCAGUGCCUGGAGUGUAACUCACGUUGACCAUCCUAGCAGCUAGAACUGUGUACAUAGUAUCAAGUGAGGACCAAGUUGAUAUUUUCUUCCGUUGUGUUUGAGUACGAGAUCGAUGUAUUACUCGUGUUUCCGCUUUCUGGAAACUGGCAUCGGAACAUUUUCAUGAGUUUCUUUUUUCCUCUUUUUUUUUUUUUUUUUCUAAAUAAUUUAAAAACGUGUUUGGUGCUGAGACGGUGCUAUUUAGAGUAUGCGAAAUUUGUCAAGCGUUUUACUUUAUAGACAUAUCAUUUCUGUGAUCCACAAACAGGAAGCGUACACGAACAGUUUAUUUAAAUUAAUUUUAAGCGAACAUUUCACUUCGUUUUGUAUGAGAAUAAGACAUGGAAACCGGUCCAGAGUUCGUGGCUAUAAUCUUCAAGCAAUCGUCGCAUCGUAAACGUUUCAACGGAGAUGAUUCGUUGAUGAACUUAACUGUCCUCGUAAAAUAAAACAUAUUUUUUUAAUGUCACGUACAAGAUGAUUAAAAGGCUUUUCAGUAAACUAUAAUUGAUGGUAUGCUGUUUAAAAUUUUUUUUAUACGAACAGGUGUAGCCUAAAUACUUUGAUAAAUUUACUUUUAUCGUAAUUCUAGUUGACCUUGUUAAUUAAAACCAUUGUUUAGACCCACGCCGCGAUAACAUCGCUCCUACCUCAAGUUUUGCAUUUCAUUGUAAUGUAUCUAUCAACUCUCGCCUACUUUCAUUUUUAAUAGAGAAUAAAUAUGCUGGUCCGAGUAGUGACGCAUGUCACAUAAUUGUCUCAGAAACCGUAAGUAUUAAGCAAAAAUUGUCGAAAGUUGCCCGGUCCAGAAACGAUUGCGGUAAACGCCAAAUGUCUAGGUCGCUCAUGGCCAUUGAACAAUAAACAUCAUUAUACAAGAUGACUUUAGAAACUUGGAGUAGCUCUUUUCUAAACAAAGCAGAUACGUACAGUGUGUUUGUUUCUAUGGAUAAUACGAGAGUUAACCGGUACACAACAUAUAAAUGUAAUGGCUAAUGUAAAGGAAGGAAUAAAGUGUUUAAACAUUCAUGAUGGGACGUUUGAAUGUAAAAGGAAAAGUUUAAUUUAAGAAACAAAUGCAAGUACAUAUUGCAAAUGAUUUAUAAUAUGAAAAAUGAUUCUUUUCUGUACCUCCGUUCAGAAAUGAGCUAUAACUUGUUCCAGGUUUUAGAAUCACCCUGUACAGUGCCUAUAUCUUCUCUGUCGCUUCAUUUCUCGUUUCACAAUAUGCGAAGAAGCCCAGAGAUACCAUCACAAGUGGAGAUGAUUUUCGAUAUCACUCACGGUCAGGAAAGUGACCUUGACCAGUCAAAGCAUUCGGCGCUAAUCUUAACCCUGACAUUAGCGAUUUUUUUUUUGUAGGUUUAAGGGCACAUGAAACAUGUUUUCGUUUUGUUCACAAUGUAAUAGUUUACGUCUAAUUUUCAUUCAGUAUGUAUAACAGAUAUGUUCAAGAUCAGCUCCGUGAGCCAAAUCGGUUCUUCCAUUUUAUAUACGAUACAGCGUGACGUAUACGAUCGAAUAAAAUGUGAUUCCUCGUUCAAGGAAAGGUCAAAAUUGUGGAAUAAAUUGUUCUUAUUUCAAAUUUUUCUAUCGAGAAAAUUUACUCCAAAAAUUAUUACAUCUGGUCUGUAAAGAUAAUUUACCUGAUUGUUAUAUGUUGUAAUAACGCAGUUACCUUGUUUACGAGCAAAGUUUUGAAAUCACUUUGUCAAAUUUCACCAAUGCACAUUAAUUGGAAAAAUAAUAUAACAAUCUGCCAGUGCAUAGAGUGUAGCUGGUUUAUAGUACCACAGACGAGGUAUACGAGUAGAUUUUACACCUUAUGGAAAUUCGUCGCCCAAUCUGAUUGCUAUACCAACCUGAGAAUACAGAGGUGAUAUUAGCCUCCUGUUCUCACAAAUGGCGGUCAGUUGAGAAACUAUUGGUCUGGGUUAGGUCUGGGUACGGUGUAAGGAAAGUACCAUAAUGAAAGAAGAAUUUCGAAAAUUUUUUUUAGCUGAAAUACAUGUUUUAAG